AUGGAUUUAAUUCGUAAAUGUGAGAAGAUAAAAAAGGAUGCCUCUUUACAACUUAUGGAGCUGACGGCAGAAGUGUGUAGGAAAAAGGUUAGUCAGCUUUGUCAUGAGAAUGAUUUUGAUAAAGACAUUGAUCUGAGAAGUAUGCAAUAUUUCGAGAAGAGAAAAAUUGACUUAGAGAAUCGGAAGAAUGCAAAGUUAAGGAAAAUAAGACGUUCAAACAUAGAAAUAAUGCAUAAGGAAUUUAACAUCAAAGAGUUUACUUUUAAACGGGUAACAGCUGAUGGAAACUGUUUUUACAGGUGUAUUUCUAUAGAAAUAUUCGGGUCAGAGGAGAAACACCAAGAAGUACGGAAGCGCGUAGUAGAACAUAUGCGUUUAAUAAUAUUACGGUAUUCAUCGUUCAUUGAUGGAGAUCCGGUACGUCAUGUAGAAGAACAAAGAUUUUCAGAUGGUCGUGUAUCUUCAUGGGCAACUGAGGCAGAAAUUUAUGCCACUGCUACACUAUAUCAUGCAUGUAUACAUGUUUAG